AUGGCACCAUUGAGGAGCGCGUUGGUCACCGCGCACAAAAGCCAGAAUGGCGGGGUCGACGUGUAUUCUGGCGCUGUGGACGGAGAAUGGGUGAUCAAAGGAGUCCCAAAUGGAGGAUAUGUGCUUGGCCUCGCUAUUCAAGCAUGCACGCAACGCCAAGCGUCAACCUCUCAUCCAGACAUCAUUCAUCUAACAGGCCACUUCCUACAAGCUGCAUCUCCAGCCCCCAUAGAUGUCCACAUAAGUGUCCUCAAGACCGGGAAGCAGUUCACUAAUCUCUCCGCCUCACUUGUGCAACAAGGCAAGAGCCGAAUAACGACCCACAUCAUCUUUGGCUCCCUUGCACCCUCCGUCGGCCUGGGGAUACCACCCAACUCUCCUUACGCUCGCCGUCAUCCACUCCACGUUCAUCCCUCUAAAGCAAUCGAAACUAGAACCGUUCCUCGCUGGGGAUUCGCAAAGCAUGUCAGAUGGUCCCGCGACCCAUUCCUCCACUCUCAAAACUUCCCCGACAGCCUUACACGCACCAACUCAGAAACAGUUGGUGGUGGAGGGCUCUUUUGGGGUGUCUGGUUCCAGCUGACUGACCCAGAAGCCACAAUAACGCCCGCUGUAAUUUCAUUAAUCGCGGAUACAAUUAUCAAUUCGCCCUUGCUAUUGCCCAAGGAAGAGCGCGGAGGUACCCCCAGCGAUAUGUGGUUUGCGACAUUGACCAUGGCCUUGGAGUACAAAUGCCCCAUACCUCCUCCAAGUGCCGACCACGCUGCCCGAACAGUCGGCGUUUUCUCUUCGGGGACCUUCUGGGGCGAACCCAGUGGCAGGCACGAUGUUUACGUCGAAAUAUGGACUGCGCCUGCCGAGCUCGGUGACAGCCGGCCCGUAGACCCUGACUGGCGCGACAAGCAGCUCUGUCUUGCGACUUCGACCCAGAUGGCACUGUGCAUCUCUGCGAGACCCGAGGCGAAAACGAAGUUGUAA